GCCGACGAACUCAGUUUUGAGGAAUGCCACACUAAAGCGCCUUAAUAAAUUUAUCAUCAAACUUCGUAGUAGUUCCGUUUGAAAUUUGUAUAUUUUGAAAGGCGUAAAGUUUAUUUGUAAAUACUUGUGAAUUAUUAAUAUGCCACCUAAACGUAAAAAAGCUUAUAGAACUACGCGGUUGAAAAAAAAGAAAGGUGUAACUCGAGGCAGAAAAAAGAAUGUGAUAGUUCAGAAGGAUGCGUAUAAAUUUGAAUACAUCUGCUGCAAUUGUGAAAAGUCUUUUGCUAAAGAGUCCGAGUUUGAAAAACACAAGAAGGAAUGUAAUAACGAAUCUGUAGUAUCCUCGAUAGAUGUCGAUUUUGUUGAGAGGACAACAAUAAAAUGUAACGAAUGUCCUAAAAUAUUCAAAUUUAAAAAUAAUUUUCUUAAACAUUGUGUGAAUGAACAUUCCAAAGUACCUGGGAGUGUGGCCUGUGACCAAUGCCAUGUACGAUGUCCUAACAAAAUAGUUUUAAGUAAACAUAUAAGUUCGACUCAUAAUAGAGAAGAGUAUGCAUGCAAUUAUUGCAACAAAACAUUUGUAAGGAAAGCUCAUGUUAUAAGGCAUUUACUGCAAAGCGGUUGUGAUGGAACAGAAGCAGCUUCAUUUCCUUGUGAGAUCUGUGGGGUUGUUUUCUCUAGAAAGGAUAACUUGCUUGUACACUUACGGUCUCAACAUAUUUUAAGAAAAAGUUAUAUGUGUAAAUAUUGCACAUAUUCAACUAAGAAUUUUUCAAAACAUGUCAAACACUGGCAAGAAAACCAUUUAAGUCCCCUCAAAUUUGAGUGUGACAUUUGUGGGAAAACAACUUCUUCUAGAACUUCAAUAGCCAAGCAUUUGGAAAUACAUGGAGAGAAAAAGCAUACAUGUGAAAUGUGUGGGUACAAGACGUACACGGCGGAAGUGAUGAAGCGCCACUUGUUCACGCACUUGAAGAACAAACCACACAAGUGUGACAUCUGCGGCGAGUCGUACAUCCAGAAGCUGCAGUUGCAGCGUCACAUGCAGAGACAUGUCGGUAACAUCUGCAAGCAAUGCGGUCAGUCUUUCACCUCCCAACUCAGACUCCUGGUACAUGAAAGAGUACAUAUGGGGCUAGACCGUUUACUGUGUCCAUAUAAGGACUGUGUUUAUUCAAGCAGAGAAUUCGAUAAAGACUCAAGUUUAAGAAAUCAUCUGAGGACUCAUUUACACAGUAAAGAAUUCAAGUGCGAGGUGUGCAACAAGAGCUUCUUCUCCGAGGUGAACAUGAAGCGCCACGUGGCGACGCACCGGCUGGACCGGCCGCGGCGCUGCAUGUACUGCGUGUCGGCGCGCGCCUACAUCCGCGGCGAGCAGCUGCUGCGGCACGUGCGCCAGCUGCACCCCGAGCUGUUCCGGCAGCACCUGGCGCACGUGCGGGACGUGCUGGGUACAGCCAGCACCACAGAGAGGGUCAAGAAGUCUGAGCUGGAUUCCAUCUUGAAUGUAUUAGACGCAGAAUCUGAAAGAAUUCUGGCGUACAGCGGUGGCUCGGAAGUGCUCUAUGGUGGAGUGGAGAAAGUUGAUUUUACCCCUAACGUCAAGGAUGAAACUGUCAAGAGUGAAAAUAACCCAUUGAUGUCCGAGGAAAACCUAGAAGAAAGUCUCAAGCUGUUGUUGCAACGCUUAGUUGAUGAAGAAGUUCUCGCGGAGUUUGGAUGGCCAGAUGAAUCUGUGGAUACAGUGUUGGAAAAGGUGAUCGAGCACUGCGGCGCCCGCGCUGCGGACAAAACCCGUUGGACGCGCGUACAACGUCUACGUGAGAACACGAAGCACCUGUUCCUAUACGCCAUCGAGGACAAGAACAUCGCGCGUAUGCUCGACACACACACCAUCGAUCAGGUCGUGCAGCACAUACUGGUGCAGGUGGAUGACGAUACCAACGAAUGCUGACCGUGGCCCCGCCUACAACUAACCUGCAUUAAAAUUUACACCGUCACCAUCGACCAGGGCGCCUAUCGCCUAACGGGAUUGCUAUGGCUAUCGCUUACGGUUACAAUUUUAUUUUGUUAUUUCCGACCGCCGAAGGAUAUCGAAUACCUCACGCUCAUUUUCUUUAAUAUUGUUUUUACUAGAGCGAACGAAAAUAAAAGGGCACGGGGCAUUUGAAAGCCUUCGCCUGUCAGAAAUAACAAAAUUAAAUCGUAAGCGAUAGCGAUAGCCAUUGCAAUUCCGUUAGGCUAUUGACCCCAUGGAAUGGAACGCCGCGGCAUGGAAUGAAAGCGAUUAUUUUCAACGAAAUUGUGCAUAGAAAAUUGAACUUUAUGUCAAUUGUUGUGUCAACAAACUGCAUAUGAACCAAAAAAAGUCGAAAUCCUCACGCAUUCGCCAGAAUUCCCCUUCAUGCUGUCUAUGGAAUCCGCGUCAAAUGGGGAGUCGGAGAGUCGGUCGGUUGCGGUAGUGUGGUGUCUAGGUUCUAUGGGAUAGGAUGUAGAUUAAAUAGCUGAACGUCCCUCAAGGCGCAGUCGUAGGAAUUCUCGAGCAUUCCCGCGAAUUCGCACAACGAGGCAAAAUAGACGCUUUUGUUCCAAGUCUGUAUAAAUUGAGCCUUUGCCGCAGGGUGCGUUGCUCACGAGUGCAGCGAUCCUUUGGAGUGUCGAGCGACACACGCCCAUAGAGGUAUAAGAAUAGAGUGUGGACUAGUAGAAAGAGAAAGAAGAUGAGAGACCGCUAGCUAUCUCUCUCUCUCGUGACGCAUACGCAGUCUGUCCAAUAGUUGGUCCAAGCAUCACGUCGAAAUAGUAAGAUGCUUACGGUUGCCAAUGCGCAUGUGCGAUUAGAGAGAGAAAGCUAGCGGUCUCCCAUCUUCUUUCUCUUUCUAUUAGAGGGACACUUCCACUUGUAGUAGAGUCUAUAUCUCCCCUACUCUAUUCUUAUACCUCUAAGGUCGAGCGACACGCGCCACCAUUCCAUUUUGACGCGCUUACUAGGGGACACUUGUAUAAUGAUUUCAUAUGAUCGAAACAUGGGCUAAAGCAGUAGUUCACGAACUAGGUUCAGUAAACCCCAUCUUGGGGUACCGUGAAAAAUAUUUUUUUACGUAUAAUAUAUAUUUUGAUGUAUCAUAUAGGAUAUACAACAAAAAAAUAAGCAACAGGGGUCCCGCAGAAUAAAAAUAUAUUGAUUAAAUACGAUGUUAAACAAAGAAAAGACAACACGCUGUAUUCCGCGUUUUUGACCGCGGAACCGUUUUUAUUUUAAAAACGGUU